AUGCAAUCGGGUUGUUCCGAUUGCCGAUCAAAUGGUUUUAUGAGUUCGCGAAUUUUCGACGACCACGCCGAACUCCUUUUCGUGUCUCUUUUCGAGAAGUCGAAACGUGAUCUAGCGGGUAUAGUCUGGACGACCAUUGAGCCGGGACCGCCCCGGAAGUCGCGACACGCGAAUUACCUGAAGGAUGAGGAUCUCACUCUCAAAUGUCCCCAGUGUGGCCGGGGUUACAAGGUCAAACCCAGUCUAUCGAAGCAUUUGAAGUAUGAGUGCGGCGGUCGCAGGAACUUUUCCUGUGACCUAUGCGGACGCAGUUUUACGCAAAACGUCAGUUUGCGCCGUCAUCUGAUGCAGAACCACAACUUUUAUCAACCGCCAAGGAAGCAGUGUGUCCGGAAGAUCAUCAAGUGAAGAGUGUUAUGCCGUCCCGUAAUUGAAGAAUCCAUUUAUUGAAGAUCCAUUCAUAGAACGCGCAGCUAUUCUGGAUAGAAUUCAUCACCUUGGAAGUGGGAGUUUUACUGCGACAUCUCUGUGAAGAAUGAUUCAAAUGGACACUUGGUUAAUGACUGUACCACCUUCUGUGUCUUCCCGCGAAAAUUAUUUGUAGCCUAUCGCCGAAGAUUCUAGCGCCCCUUAGAAGAUUAAAUAAAACUUGUAAUACGUGUACAUCUCGAAUUACGCAACGAUUCUAUGCAAACCCGAAGAUCAUCGCACGAAGAACAUUAUUAUAAUAGUAUACCUUAUCGAUAUAAUCCAAUUCUUACAAAUUGGAUUCCAGAACGUUAAUAAAAUUUUAGACGCUGAUAACACUUUGUGCCUAGAUCCAUAAGAUACACAUUAUCUAUAGCAAACAUAACAAUAAAUCAGUCUCAAUGAGACGUCGUUUAUUGC